UGGCCAUAACUGGCAUGUAAAGACCUUCAUGUUUGAUGAAGGUGGCCUGAGCAGAGGAAAACGAAGCAAGCAACAAGGAGGUCCAUAUAAGAACUUAACUUCAGUCGAGGACCUGCUGUGAUCUCCAUUAAGUUUACACAACUCAAGGGCUGGACAACUACCGUAUGCAAAAUAUUUUGGAGAAAUUACAAUGGAAGCUAAGGACUAUUCUUGUCUUCAAGAAAAGCACUGCGAAUCUCUUGUAACAGCUGAAAGUAUUUCUGAGGCAAAUGAAACUGAUUAUUGUGAACUUGGAGCCAAGUGGAGAAUAUGCAAAAACAAAUUGAGCAAGGGAAAUUCUAUGUCACCAGAAACACACUUAUCAGUUUUUCAGACUGAUGACCCUAUUUCUGACCAAAUGUUGAAUUUUUCUUUAAAUGGAAUGACAUGUGAAAACAAAUUUGAUGAUGCAAGGGUUGAUGAAUUACAUACCGCUGCCAGUGCUCAUGAAGGUUUGUUCAUGGAAAAAUAUAAUGGAGAUGACGCAUUACUACCAAUCCCAAGCCAGAACUGGAGUUACUUUGAAUCUUUCAUAAAUGAAAACAAAGAUGAAUUUUUAGACCUUUGUGCAACAAGUGACUUUUCAGCUAAUUUAAUAAGUGAAGAAGACAGUGACAGCUUUUUAUUUGAUGAUGAAUCAACACUAAGUAGUGACUUAUGUUCACUGAAGAUAAAGUAUGAAUCUUUUCAAGAUGAUAUGAGAGAAAAAUCUAACACCUUUCAAGAUGAUGCGCAAGUGCAUUUUUUUCCCAACACGCAAUGUAAUGGAACCAAAAAUGAUGAGAAAAGUCCCAGAAAAAAUAAUUCUUCUGUUCAGGAAGAGCAAGGGGAACAUGACAAUCUAGAGCAUUGUGCAUUGUAUGAAUUAGAAAAUAACAAAUGUGUUCUGUCAGGUGUUUUUAUGGACAGUUGGAAAGACCGUGAGAAUUCAAUAGAUUCAGUCUGUUUAUCUUCAAUUCUAAAUGAGGAUAGAGAAAAUUGGAAGCUAUUAAGGAAAAGUACAGAAAGGUAUUCAAAUCAAACCAAUUAUACCUUGAGGGCAAAACGGCAAAUACGGUACAGUGAUGAUUAUUUGUAUGAUAUUGAUUCUUUAGAGACCAUGAAAUCUUUGGGCAAAAAGGAUCAUGUACAUGUUGCACAGGAAGAUGACGAUGAUUGGUACCCUCGGAAAAGGAAAAAAACUGGGAAAAAGGAACCACCUGUUAUUAUCAAAUAUAUCAUUGUUAAUCGGUUUAAGGGCCACAAAAACAUGCAUGUGAAAAUCUGUAGAUUAGAUUGCAAAGAGAGACAAGUAUUAUUGACUGAUGAAAUGGUAAAAAAAUAUAAAAAGCUUUCACCACUCAAGGAAUUUUGGUCUCCAGUUCCUAGUGAUUGUAAUGUGUGUCAUUACCAAGAAAAGCUUGAUAGAAAACUGAAAGUCUGUUCUGGUGCUGGUAUGUCUUAUAUGUUCUUUGCUUCUAAAAAUAAAAAACAACAAACACUUGCUAAUGGGAUGUCAUCAAUUAAAAUAGGAUGCACUUUGAGUCACCGAAAAGACAAUGUCAUUGAAACAGAUACAAUGAAUGCAGAAGUACCCAAGAAAGUACAAAAAUAUGAUAAGUCGGUUUAUGAAUUUACAGAUGAAAUAGAACUAAAGCGCAUCACCAUACGGACUGUGAGUAAGGCCAAUCAGUUAAGAGUCAUGCAUGAAGACUCUUCCUUACAAAAGCUGCAGAAGAAAUACAACGUACCCUCAAAGAAAAUGAGAGCAAAUGGCCAGGUCGGUAAAAAUACCUGUGACAGAAAUUCUUUAGAAAGUGCAAAUGAAAAGCCUCAAGUUCCAGAUGUAGACAUGCUCAAAAUUCCAGGUCAGUGGAAUUCUUCUUCUCCUUCUUUACUUCAUUUCAACAGUGCUAGCUUAUAUUCCCCCACGUUCAGUGAUAAAUUAGAAGCUGGUAAUGGUUUAUUUUCUCCAGUUCUAGCCAGAAGCUUCCCAGACUUGUCUACUUCCAAUACACGCCUGGCUCCAGAAAUCCUUGGAGGAUGUUUCCAAUCUCUGCUGCAUGGGGAAGAUUCCUCAGUUAAUGAAAACAUCCAAGAUUGCUCCCGAUCUCCCAAUGCCAAUAGGCAGUUCAAUGAAGGUGUAACAGAAAAUACAUAUUUUCCUUUACUUCGAAAACAAACUGAUGAAGUCUCCACAGGGAGCAAGUGUAGUGAGUCAAAUACGCUUUAUUUGGCAGAAAAGCCAAACAUCCAGGAAGCAUGGAAUGUAGAAACAGUUCAGAAUGUACAUCCACAGAGAGUAAUGGGAAAAGAUCAAAUUCCGUUGUGUACAGUUAACUCUCAGAAUAAAAGACUGCAGUCUGGAGUUGAGAGUAGAGCAAUUGUAAAUAGUAACAUAAAUCAAUAUGGAUUGAAGAUGUCCAGUAGUCAAAAUGAAAUAAAUUCCAACUUCAGUCAAAAAUUAUUAAAAGAAGAAACAAAGCAACUGGCUCCUUCAAAAGACUCUGCAUGCAUUUUAGACAUUUCAAACUUUACACCAGCAAAAGUAAAGCAAGGCUGUUGUUCUGAAUUUUCACAGGAGUAUACACCAAAAAUAGUUUUCAAAACAGGCAAGCCAGAUAUUAAAUCUUUGGAGCAGCGUAGCCAAGCUCAGCUUCCCAGUAAGACUACAUCACCAAAUUUGUAUGUAGAUCAGUGUCAAGUAUGUAGUGAACUAUUCCAUACUAAUAUUCAUACUUAUCACACCGAUAGUGACCCAACAUCUGUUUCUCUUUCACAACCUGCACAAUCUUCUGUUCAUUUACAAGCUUCUGAUAAUGUAAAUUCAAGUAAUUACAAAUACUCAGAAGUUAAUAAGGCAAUAAAUAUUGCAAGAAAAAGACUUGCAGAAUCAAGUGGAGGCCUUUUGGGCAAAAAUGCUGUUCAGGAGCAACAGAAAACCAGUGAUGAGGUGAAAACUAUUAAAAUAGAUAGUUUUGAAAAGGACGGUGUAUCACCAGAGGAUUAUAAGGACAUUGUGGUUCAAAAGAACUCUUUAGUCACAUUAUCUGCAAAUCAAAUGUACCAACCUGAAAAAAAUCAUAAACCUGUAAGGGGAUUUACUAAUAAAGGUUCAGAAGUGUGUACAAAGCUUUUGGAAAAGGAUCUGAUGAAUGCGAAAACUAAAUCUGCUAUGAACGAAUGGAAACUGCAUCAAAAAGGUAAAUACUCAGUGGCAUCUGUGGAGUCCUAUGAUGGUGUAUCUCACAACAUCACUAAAGGAAGCAGACCUUUAAAUGGUGGUCAGAGAGAGUUUGAGGAACCUGGUAAUAUACUUUCCAACAUAGUUUCUGGAAUGGCAGCUGUUAAUCAGUUUAUGAUGGCUUCAGUGGAACCAGUCAUGAAUCAAGCAGAAGUUAUUCUCCCUGCUGUUAAUCAGCCUUUGGAAGUCCAAAAUAGUUCCAAAUGGAAACCAAAGCCUGUGCACGUAUUGCACUUUGGUACAAAAGGUCUGAAAAGUAAGCCACAGUAUGUUUCUGAAUGUACAAGCAAUGUGAGUCUUAAUAGUUACCCUGUAAAUCACACUGCCUCUUGCUGUAUUCACAGUGUUCGUCAUUCCAGUACAAAAACAGCUAACUGCAACUGUCCAAGCAAAACACUUUGUGAAUGACAAAGGAAAAAUAUAUGGAGUGAACUUAAUAUCUUUUUGUUACCUUGAUGAAUAGCAAUCUUGUUAUAUCCUGUUUAAUCCUUGAACUGAUUUGCUUUUACACAGCAUAGAUUCCUUUAAAUAACGUUUGAUGUACCAAGUAUUUUGAUAUCUUGCCAAACCAAAAUGUAUAAUGUCUUAAAUAGACAAAUGUAUAAUGUCAUAAAUAGAUGACAUGUAAAUGUAUAAUGAAAAUGUAUAAUGUCAUAAAUAGAUGUGGUACAAGAACUGCAGAACGUUUUCGUACAUAUUUCUCUUUGAAAUCUCUGCCUUUUGCUAUAGUUGAGGGAAUACCAUACCAUGUCGAAAUUUAAAACAUAUUGUUAAAGGUAUUGUCAAUUAGAUUUGUGUUCAGCUUAAUGCUAAUGCAUACUGUUUAAUAUAUAUGUUACAUCUUUUACUGUGAUUGUCAUUGAACUUGUGUAUUUAGAAUGAUUAUUAUUGAGAAGUAACACCUUUUUAAUAGUCAAGCUAUCACUGUCUAGCUUUAUUGUAAAUUAAUUACCCCGUCCAUCUGUCUUCCCUAUUUUAGAUAAUAUUCCUUUUGUCCAAUCUGCCUUUCUAUGCAACUUUUAAGAAUCAAGUUGUAGUUGGUCUUUUGUUGUAAAACCGAGCUAAAUAUUUCACUUUUGGCAGGAGCAUUUGACCAAAAUAUUAAUUUUAGAAGUAAAACAACAGUAGAAGUGAAAAUGCUUUAAGAACUUUAAUUGUGAAAAGACUGUGCAAUAUGUUUUUGUUCUCAAAUAAUUAUUGUGCUAACCACCCAUAUAUAUAGGUUAGUGAUCUGUUUGUUUUGAUUUAUUUGAUAAAACAAACUUGCAAAGAUUUGCUUGACCAUUGUGAAUUACAAUUUUUGAUAACCGUCGCAGAAAAUUCCUCUUUCCUCUAGCACUGUGAAAACAUAUUCUAAUAAAACAAGUACUAAAUAGGUAGAGAUAAUGGGAACUGCAGAUGCUGGAGAAUCCAAGAUAAGAAAGUGUGGAGCUGGAUGAA